UCUGGUUCUUAUGUAUAUAAUAAAUGAAGCAUUAGUAGCAGCAAUCAUUUGGAGAAGCACAGCUCAUUCUCAUCCUCAUCUUCAGCAGCAGGGUUUCAUUCACUUCUCAAAUGGUUAAGAGUGUUUUGCUACUAUGCGGGGAUUACAUGGAGGAUCAUGAGGCCAUGGUUCCUUUCCAAGCACUGCUGGCCUUCGGGGUGAAGGUCGAUGCUGUCUGCCCUGGCAAGAAAGCCGGCGAGUUUUGCCGCACUGCCAUUCAUGAGUUAUCUACUCAUCAGACAUUUGAUGAGUCUCGCGGGCACAAUUUUACACUCAAUGCGACAUUUGAUGAAAUUGAUUUUGGCAAAUAUGAUGGGUUGGUGAUACCAGGAGGACGUGCUCCAGAAUAUCUUGCAAUGAAUGAAUCCGUUUUAGAUUGUGUCAGGAAGUUUUCAGAUGCUGGAAAGCCUAUUGCCUCUAUUUGCCAUGGACAAUUGAUCUUGGCAGCUGCAGGGUUAGUAAAAGGUAGGAGGUGCACUGCUGCCCCUCAUGGUAGACCUGUACUUAUUGCAGCUGGUGCUGAUUGGGUUGAACCCCAAAACUUUGCGGCUUGUGUUGCUGAUGGCAAUUUAAUUACUGGGGCUACAUAUUUUGGGCAUCCCGAGUUCAUUCAGCUUUUUGUGAAGGCGCUAGGAGGUAUCGUAACUGGCUCAGAUAAAAGGAUUCUGUUUCUCUGUGGGGAUUACAUGGAAGAUUAUGAGGUAACGGUUCCUUUUCAGUCUCUUCAAGCUCUUGGUUGCCAUGUCGAUGCAGUUUGUCCUAGGAAAAAAGCUGGGGAUUCCUGCCCAACUGCUGUCCAUGAUUUUGAAGGGGAUCAGACUUACAGUGAGAAACCAGGGCAUCAUUUCACUUUAACAGCAUCCUACGAAGAACUAGACGCCUCAAGUUACGAUGCACUUGUGAUCCCUGGAGGCCGAGCUUCAGAAUAUUUGGCAUUGGAUGACACAGUGAUUACCUUGGUGAGAGACUUCAUGGAAUCUAAGAAGCCAGUGGCAUCCAUUUGCCAUGGACAGCAGAUCUUAGCUGCUGCUGGUGUUCUGAAGGGAAGAAAAUGUACUGCAUACCCUGCUGUGAAGCUUAACGUUGUCUUGUCAGGGGCAACAUGGCUGGAACCUGAUCCAAUAGAUCUUUGCUGCACUGAUGAAAAUUUGGUCACCGGAGCCGCAUGGCCUGGCCAUCCACAGUUCAUCUCUCAACUGAUGGCAUUGCUUGGCAUCAGUGUCUCUUUCUAGUGGUUGCCAAGCAUAUUUCAUGUUUGUUUCCCUGUAACAGAUAAUUACAUGUUGAUUGUUGAGUAUCUAAUAAAUCAAUUUCUCGGGCACAUAGACGGAAUUUUUGGGUGUGAAAAUCCAGUUGCUUUGUAUGUUGCUGUGCAUGUGGAAGAAAUUGACAAUUUCUUCUGAAGACUUCUCAUUCAAUAUUUUUAUAUUUUACCACCAAGUUAAGAGUCAAA